AUGUCUGUGUCAAGCUCGGCAGUUAUGCCUUCCAUGGUUAUAUCAAAUGGAUGUGUCGUAGGAAACAUCGAUUGUGGUCUAUAUCACUUGAAUGUUUCCUGCAAUACUUCUGCGCUUGAGGGAUGGAUGUGCGGUGUUACAUUUUCUUCGGGAGCAAUGGAAUCAAAUGAUACAUUAAAUCAUGGGUUUAAUUCUAUUUCUUGUGGAGAUGGUUCUAUGCUUUACAUUGGUGAAAACACUACUGCGCUUGAUGGCUAUGUAUGUGGUCUAACAUUCUACAGUCCAGCCCCUACGUCAGUGGCAAGCACAGUUAACUUUAGAUGGUAUCAUUUGCUACUAGCGAUGUUUGCACUAAUCCAGUGCUCUCUCUGA